AGGUUCUAAGUACAGGCACCAAGAGCGCGUAAAUAAGAAAAAAAAAUAGAGAGAAGGCAAUGCAUGUUGUCGAAACAAACGCUGAUUAUUUAAGCUCUCUCCCUUGAGUAGUAGUAGCCAAGCCCAAGACCAAGUGAAACAUCAACACUUCCACGUUCCACCCAUGGCUAAUUCUCAUCACCGGUGCACCAGCGUCGCCUCCGAGCUGGAAGGCACGCUGCUCAUCUCCGGCAGCCUCUUCCCAUACUUCUUCCUCGUCGCCCUCGAGGCCGGCGGCCCGCUCAGGGCCCUGCUCUUGCUCGCCGUGUACCCUCUCGUCGCGCUGCUCGGCGCCGCCUUCUCGUGGGACGACCUACCCCUGCUCGCCAUGACCUUCCUGUCCACCGCCGGCCUCGACGUCGGCGACGUGACCGCGGCGGCGCGGGCCACGCUGCCCAGGUUCUUCCUGGCCGACCUGCGGGGCAGCGCGUUCCGGGCCUUGUCGCGCCACGCCGGCGGCGGCGAGAGGUACGUCGUCACGCACCUGCCCAGGCUCGUCGCGGAGCCGUUCGUGAGGGAGUACCUCGGCGCCGACGUCCGCGUCGUCGGCACGGAGCUGCGGGUGGUCGCGGGUAAGAGGUUCUCAGGCACGGUGGUGGUGGCCUCUCCCGGCGUCGCGGCGGCAGCGGCUGGCGCCGACCGCAGCCUGGGUGCUCUGGUGGCCGUCCUUGGGAGCGACCGGGUCGUCGGCGUGGGGCUCUACUGCCCCGGCGCCGGCGGGGACCAGCAGCCGGCGUUUCUGCAGGCUUGCCAGGAGCGCCGCAUGGUGUCCGCGCCGGAGAAGGCGGCGGCGGUGCCCCUGCCGAGGAGCGAGUACCCGCGGCCGCUGGUGUUCCACGACGGCCGCCUCGUGCGCCGGCCCGACCCGCUCGCGUGCCUGGCCAUCUUGCUGUGGCUCCCGCUCGGCGUGCUCCUGUCCGUGACGCGCCUCCUCUUCGGCUUCCUCCCGCACGGCGCCGGGCUCCUGCUGUCCGCGGCCACGGGCUUCCGGAUGCGCGGCAGCCUCGGGGGAGCGGCAGCGGCGGGCCCGCGGCGAGGCACAUUGUUCGCGUGCAACCACCAGACGCUGAUGGACCCGGUGAUCCUCGCGACGGUGCUGCGCCGGAAGGUGACCGCCGUGACGUACAGCCUAUCCAGCUUCUCGGAGCUGAUCGCGCCGAUCCCGACCGUCCGGCUGACGCGCGACCGCGGCAGGGACAGCCGGAUCAUGCAGCGCGAGCUCGCGCGCGGCGACCUGGUGGUCUGCCCGGAGGGCACCACCUGCCGCGAGCCCUACCUGCUGCGCUUCAGCCCGCUGUUCGCGGAGAUCGCCGACGAGGUCACGCCGACGGCCGUGCGGGCCGGCGGCGCCAUGUUCCACGGCUCCACCGUGCGGGGCCACAAGUGGCUCGACUCCGUCUUCUUCCUCAUGAACCCGGCGCCGUGGUACGAGAUCCGGAUCCUGGCCACCUGCAGUGGCAGUGGCGGCGCGUCCAGCCUCGACGUGGCCAACGGCGUCCAGCGCAUGAUCGGCGAUGAGCUUGGGUUCGAGUGCACCGGGCUCACGCGCAGGGACAAGUACCGGAUGAUCGCCGGCCACGACGGCGUCGACGCGAGGUCGUCGCCGUCGUCAUAGCUGGAGAGGUUGCAUGUGCCAGCGUACGCUUGUGGGGACUCAUGCACAGAAAUGCAAAACGUUCAACUGGUUCUCCUUCUCCAUGACCGCCCUGCUCUUAAACACAGACAUUCAGUGUUGCAGCGACUAGGCUCCAUUCUUCCCUUGACUUUAAUUUAAAGCCCGAACAAAAAAAACACAUUUUCAGGAAAUGACCGGUUUAGACGGUUUUGGUACAAGCCCAACCAAAAUUUAGUGAUUUUUUAUGUUCCUUAAAAGGAAGAAUGGAAUACAUCAUUGUGUAUUUGUGUUUCUCUCGACAAAGAUAUAUAGAUCGUCUUGUUUAGAGUCUGGA